UCGUCGCGUCGCGCUCGGUCGGCGCACGGCGCACCGAGCGAGCAGUGGUGAGCGGACUCGUACGGCGGUUGCGAGUAGUCGAGUGAUGGACGAGUUCGCGAGUUAGCGUCGUGCAGCGAUCUCCGAGUCAGCUCGAGUCGAGGCUGGACCGCGCAGUGGCGAGGACACUCGCGCGCGCGCGCGCGCAUCCUGGAAGACAGCGAGCCGUCGAAGGAGGCGGCAGGCCUUCUUCUGAUCUUCUCUUCUGGUCGCGUCGCCGAGACUGUGAGAGAAAGGAGAGCAGGGCGUAGUGGCGAUGCGCCAAGAUGCGAAGGAAGUCUCCCCGGAGCCGUGAGAGACCGCGAACGAGCCAGUGACGAAAGGGAGCUCGUCGUCGAGGUCAGCUCCACCAGGACUCGCUGCCCUGGUCCCCUUCGCUCCUCCUCGCUGGCCUCCUGGGCGUCGCACUCGACAGGGGUCUCUUUCUCUCUUUCUCUCUCUCUCUCUCUCUCUCGCUCUCUCUCUCUCUCUCUCUCUCUCUCUCUCUCGAGGGGGUGAGCGCGAUCCGUGCGAGCUAUCGAGCGGCCUCGUCGCGGGGCUGCACGUGCGUCGCGCUGCAUCUCGCCGGAGCUGGACGCCUGGCGGAGGCAGGAGCUGCCAGGACGAUCCAUCCGUCAGGUGUCCGUCCACGAGGAGACCGCGACCGUCGACGCGCAUACUGCCGUCGUCCCGAGGACGAGGCGCGUCUCCGUCUCCUGCGACACGCAGGUCUCGAUCCAUCAGGCUCGUCCUGCUCGUCCUCCUUGGUCCUCGCGGCUGCUCCUUGGUCACGCGAAACGCGAGCCGCUUCCGAAGGGGAAACGCGAGACUGGCGUCGAGGCGACGACUCGCGAAACACUCGACGGGCUUAUCUUAUCGCUCGCUGAGAUCUUGCUAGAUCCCGACCGGCUACGAAGGAUGAAGAAGACGCGUUGAGCUCCGACGCGGGGAGCUUCAGCCGCGACUCCUCCAGCUCGACAGGACGACACCGAGCACGUUUCCAGGGAUUCCCGUCUUUUUGCCACCGUCGUCCGGGAAGGACUUCAGGGUCCAUCGUCCAUCGUCGACGACGUCCCGGAUGUGCCAGCAAGCGCGUCCCCCCCGCCCCCUCCCCCUCCCCCGGAGUUCGCCUCGGAGCCACCGUAUCGCCGUGGUGAUUGACGCCUUCCCGCCGGCAAGUGGACGCCUCGGAGCAGCGGCCCGACGUUGAGCCGUUGACUAGCGAGGACUAACCCUAACUAAAAGGAUGUUGCCACCGAACAUGCUCGACGUGCAUGGCUUCGCAGGCCGCGACGGCAGCAGCCGCGGCCUGCUCUCGGAGACGAUGUGCGCCGAGCUGCGGCCGGACGUGACGGCCACCUCGUCGACGACGUGUCAUCUCCUGGAGGCGCGCGCAGUCGCGCGCUGCCACGAGGAGUUCGACGAGACCAUCCGCACGGCCUCGGAGCCGGAGUGCUCGAAGCGGAGGGUCGAGUCGACGACCGGCGGCAGCACCAGGUCCAUGGAUGGCCGGUCGCCGCGGCAGGGCUUCUCCAAGGGCUCCGCCUCCCUGCAGAGCCUCGUCCGCCGGAGGAGCCGGAGACACGUCGGCGGCGGCUCGUCCUUACCCCUGGAGGCCGAGCUGUCCUCGAGGCAGGCCGUUUACCCCGCGGACCUCGUCAAGGACAGCCUCGUCAACACCGCGGCGCUGGUGUUCCGCAACGCGGACGACGACACGCGGACCGCCACGCCGACGUCGACGCUCAUCUACGCCACGAGCUCCUCGGCGCAGCCGUCGACCUCCCGGCCCGACAGCAACAACGUCCAGGACGUCUCCUCGUCGGCCAGCAACGUCGUCACCAGCAACGGCAGCAACGCGACCUCCACCACCACGACCAGCGGCAGCGCAGCCGGUCGGCAGUUCGGGAACGCCGCGGCCGUCUCGCUGCCGAGGAGCGCGGCGACCGGCGUCGCCACGCCGGGGCCUUCGACUUCCUCGUGGAACAACAGCGUCGUCGAGCAGGAGAGCGACUACGUCGUCGACCCGGUGCAAGGCAACGCUUAUCACAAAGGUCAUUUCCUCGGCAAGGGCGGCUUCGCGAGGGUCUACCUGAUGACCGACGUGAACAACGGGAACCAAUACGCGUGCAAGAUCAUCCCGAAGAACCGCAUGCAGAAGAUCCACAUGCAGAAGAUCGCGCGUGAGAUCAUGAUCCACAAAGAGCUGAAUCACGUGAACGUCGUUCAGAUGCAUCACUACUUCGAGGACAACCUGAACGUAUACAUGCUCCUGGAGGCCUGCCCGCGUAAGAGCCUGAUGCACGUGCUGAAGUACCGUGGCAAAGUCACGGAGCCGGAAGCGCGUUACUACAUGAAGCAAAUGGUGACCGGCGUGGCGUACAUCCACUCUCAGAAAGUCGUCCAUCGGGACCUGAAGCCGGGCAACAUGUUCCUGUCGGAUCGGAUGAUCGUCAAGAUCGGCGACUUCGGCCUGGCGACCAGGCCUGACGGCCAGCGUAGGCGAGUGACGAUAUGCGGCACGCCGAACUACAUCGCCCCGGAAGUGCUGUACAAGCAGGCCUACAGCUACGAGGCGGAUGUUUGGGCGCUGGGCUGCAUACUCUACGCCUUGCUGGUGGGCCAGCCGCCGUUCGACACCGCCACGUUGAAGGAGACCUACGCGAGGAUCUGCAACAACCAUUACCGCGAGGUGGACGACAGUAUCGCGAGCAGAAGCGGCCAGGACCUGAUCAGGUGGCUGCUGCAGUCCAAUCCCGAGCUGAGACCGAGCCUGGAGAGAGUGAAGGAGCACGCUUAUCUCACCAAGGAGUACGUGCCGGUGUCCUUGCCCCACACUUGCUGCUACCAGAUGCCACCGACGUCGAUCAUCGAGCCAUCCUCGGUCUCCACGGUCGCCAGGAGCCAGCAGGAGCCCAACAAAGCGCAGCAGGUGUGGCAACAGAGUCUAGUUCACCCCGACGCGUCCGGCAUGCCGCGUUAUCAGCAGCAGUCGAUGCAGACUCAGCAACAACAGCCGCAGCAGCAACAGCAAUUCCAGCAGCAACAUCUACUCAACCGCUCGCAGAAGAGCCUGCAGAAGGAGUCCAAGGUCUCGAGCUGGCUCGUGAGGAAACUGCCGAAGCUACCGCGGUUCCGGCAACGGCUCAGCAGCGUGCUCUGCCCGGACCACAAGAAGAUCGGCCUGGUGGCGCAGAGUGUGCAGAUGCAUCGCGCACUGGAGGCCUGCGUGACGGAGAUGAAGCGCAACAAUACGUGCAAUCCGCCGACCGUGGAGGACAUCGUGCCGCUCUUCGUCACCAAGUGGAUCGAUUACUCCAACAAGUACGGCCUGGGCUUCCAAUUGUCCGACAAGUCGGUCGGCGUUCUCUUCAACGACAACACGAAGAUCAGUUACACUCACGAUAGAAGAAGAGUGGAGUACAUGACGACCGACGACGAGGUGACGCGAUAUCACCGAGAAAAGGACAUCCCGUUGGCGCUGCAGAAGAAGCUCGAGUUGCUGCGCCACUUCACCGAGUACAUGGACGAUUUCCUCACCGAAGGUGGCGAGCUGAAAAAAUACCGCGCGCCGCCGCGGCAGUCGAAAAACGCUUGCGUGCCGCGAAUGAGACGGUGGCUGCGUACGGACAAGGCCAUCGUGAUGGAGUUAACGGUACCUCUGCUGCAAGUGAACUUCUUCGUGGACCACACGAAGAUGGUGGUGUCGCAGGAGUCGCCGGGUAGGGGAUACCUGAUCACUUACAUCGACACAGGCCGGCACGCGUCCUCUUAUUGGCUGAACGAUCUGCGUGACCUCGGCUGCACCCCGGACCUCUACGAGCGGCUGUACUACGUCUGCAAAGUGACGCGCGAGUUCGCCGAGCUAGACAACAACACGAUCGCCUGACCGCCGGCGAAUUCCCGCGGAGCGUGCCAGCCUCUCAGACGCUGAGAGAGAGGCGGUGCGAGUCUCAUUUCGAGCCUUCAUCCGGGCAAGCUCUUUCCUCUUCCUGGUCGGAUUCCGUAGCCGGGAAAUCGCCCGGCGAGGAAUGAUCGUCGGACGCGCCAUUACGGCGGGACGUAAUAACUAUUACAACGAGAGGCGACGAAAAAAGGAAGGAAAGCAAAGAGAGAGAGAGAGAGAAAAAAAAACAUUCGGACCCCCCGGUUCAGCUUCAGGAGGAAGGCAGCGGCGGCUUAAGCGCGUCGUCACGGUACAUACCGUUACGCGCAUUUCUCAGGAGGUCGUAAAUAAGAACACGUCACGCGGCUGCGGGUCCGAGAAGGCGUGUCACACGCACGCGAAAAGAGCCGCGGCGCGCGAGCUUGCUUCCGUUGGGAUUUACGAGCUUGUGUUGUUCUCGGGCGAAAGCCCGAGGGGAAGCUACGCCCGGCGUAGUGGCGAAUGUUCGCCGAUGGGGAACAACGCGUCGCCGAAAGCUGACGCGCUCUUUCUUACACGCGCACGCUUCGCCGCGCGAGCGCGGAGAGAACGGCUCCACGGUAAAGCAGGCCUUUAUUUUGACGCCGCGCGGAUGCGUUGCGACUUCCCGCUCAGCAGUGCUUGUGGUUGUCACGUGCAACCGUGUGUUACGUUACGCUGACACGCGGAGAGAGAAGUGUCGCUUUACCGCCGAGAAGAGCGAUCACUCUCGGAUUACCUUCCUCGUUUCGGGUAAUCCUCGACGAAGACGUAUUUUCUUGACGACGGCCUGGAAAUCCUCGAAACUUGCCUCGAGUUUCAGGAAAAUUUCAUCCGUGUUCAUAGACUCGGAAGAAGAAGAACUGAUAUUCUCGUUUUCAAAAAAUUAUGAGGCUCAGCAAUUACGGCAGCAAAUUCAAAGACUGAAUCGUUCUUGAUCGAGGUGAUGGAUUUGCGCUCCGGAAGAAAAUUGUACGGAGUGAUCGCUCUUCUUAGCGGCGGAACGAAACUCCGAUUGAUUUUCUCUUCGACAAUAUGAUGAAACUCAUACUCCACGCACAGGGAGAGCGAACUGAAUUUUUGUUUUAAUUCAACGUUCUUGUUUUAUGCCGAAACUUACUUACCGGGAUUCCGAAUGUAUUUUGAUAAACCGCUGAUAGAUUUGCGGACACGCAAACCUGUGGAUUUCUUGAGAGUCUAGUAGCAUUUAUUGUUAUUUAUUUGUACUUGAGUGUGCAGUGUGCAUUGUUGAGCGGGAAACUGUAAUGUUCAUGCAUCGUUGCUGUCAGCCGGUGUCUACACCGAGUCGCAAUUCGCAUUUCUACGGAGACCACCUCAUGCACUAACCUCGUGCACGAAUCGCCCCCGAUUAAUCCGCCGAGAUAUAUCGAGAUCAAUGCGAACGUCGCGAUCGAUUGGGCGAGAUCGACGAGAUCGAGUCGCGAAAGUUCGGCGAAAUACGCGCGAGUAGGAGUGUCGACAACAUUGUUACUACCUCCAUUAAAUAGGUAGCACAGUCGCUAGUGUAUUUAUUUUCAAUGGCGCAGAUCUCUCCGGUUCAGUGCCUAUAUCGAGUAAAUGAUCGACACAUUCGGAUUAGAUUAGUCUCGUCGGGCGUGAAUCGAACAAGUAGUCGCAUCCGAUCGCGCGCAAAGUCGCGUUCGAAGCGCGAUCGACAUAUUUCACGUACAAAGCGAGAAAGAGAACUCCCGCUCCGCUGAGCGAACACAAUAACGAGAUCUGAGCUCCACUAUUUCGUUGUUAAGACACCGUGUUGCCUGCAAACUACCGGGAAAUUAUCCGGAAAAAAGAGAGAGAGAGAGAGAGAGAGUGUGUGUAUGUGUAUGUGUGUGUCUUUGAAUCUCACAUAAGGAGUAAGAAAAUGCGACCAACAGGAGAAAAGGGAAAAAAAAUACGCAAGAAUCCAAGAGACGUCUGAAAGAAGUUUCGCUACUUGGCACACUCUCUGAUCUCUCAAGGUGUUCUUCGGAUUAUUUGUUAUUGUUUGUAAGAUAGAGAGAGAGAGAGAGAGAGAGA